AUGAUUUGGCCGAAGCUUUUCUUCCUUCCCCCUUUUUUCCCCUUUUUAUUUUUACACACAUUUAUUUAUUUAUUAUUUAGAGUGUUAAUUUAUGCGUGUUUGUCGCUUCCUCUAAAAUUUUUUUUUACAUUUUUCAUACUUGUCUUUAAAUAUUGGACACAAUCCGUUUUUUUUUAUUUUGCUUUAAAAAUUUUUUUUUCUCCUUUCUUAAGAAUGAGCGACACAUUCACAUUUUUCAUAGCGCGUCUUCUGCCCCCAUUCUCUUAUUUUUAUGUAAAACUAAGGGGGAAUAUUACGGUCAGAAAACGAAAGAUCUUUUACAACAUAUAAAAUUUUUUUACAAUUUUACAAGCCUUGGAAAUAUAUUUUUUAAUUUUUGUUCGGUUGGGUAAGCCUCUGUUAUUUUUUCAUUUUGUCAGCAUUGAAUAUCUAAAAGCUUUGAGUUAUCACAGGAAGAUAGCUCAAAUUAUGAGAUGUAUCAAUCAUAUGUGGGUCGGAAUUCCGAUUUCCGACGUUUUU